AUGCCGGUGGCUACAGCAUGUGCACUUGCAGCACACAAAUUAUGCCGCCCAGUCCGGAUUUAUGUCAACCGCAAGACUGAUAUGAUUAUGACUGGAGGAAGACAUCCCAUGAAGAUAACCUAUAGUGUUGGGUUCAAAUCCAAUGGGAAAAUAACAGCUCUACACCUUGAUAUAUUAAUCAAUUCGGGGAUGUUUGUAGAUAUAAGCCCCAUUAUGCCACUAAACAUAGUGGGUGCACUUAAGAAGUAUGAUUGGGGUGCUUUGUCUUUUGAUAUAAAGGUGUGCAAGACAAACCAUUCCAGUAAAUCUGCAAUGCGUGGCCCUGGGGAGAUGCAGGGAUCCUUUAUUGCUGAAGCUGUAAUAGAAGAUGUAGCAUCUAUGCUGUCAAUGGAAGUGGAUUCUGUCAGAAACCAAAAUCUUCACAAAUUUGACAGCCUCAAUGAAUUUUAUGAGAGUAAUGCUGGUGAUCCUCUGGAUUAUACCUUGCCUUCUAUAUGGGAUAAGUUAGCCAAAUCUUCAAGGUUUGCCCAAAGAAUUGAAAUGAUAAAAAAGUUUAAUAACUCUAAUAGAUGGCGGAAAAAAGGUAUAUCACGGGUUCCCGUUAUAAAUGAAGUGACAUUAAGACCAACCCCUGGAAAAGUAAGUAUUCUUUGGGAUGGGUCUGUCGUGGUAGAAGUUGGCGGUAUUGAGCUGGGUCAGGGGCUGUGGACGAAAGUAAAACAGGUGACUGCAUUUGCUCUCAGUUCAAUUCAGUGUGAUGGAACUGAAGAUCUCUUGGAGAAAGUACGGGUUGUGCAAGCAGAUACCUUGGGCUUAGUACAAGGGGGAUUUACUGCUGGGAGCACUACAUCUGAAUCAAGUUGUGAAGCUGUUAGACUUUGUUGCAAUAUGUUGGUUGAAAGACUAACCCCACUUAAAGAAAAUUUACAGGAGCAAAUGGGUUCUGUAAAUUGGGAUACUCUGAUUCUCCAGGCCAAUUACAAAUCUGUAAACUUGUCAGCAAGUACUUACUUUGUGCCUGAGUUCACUUCCAUGCAAUACUUGAAUUAUGGUGCUGCAGUGAGUGAGGUUGAGGUAAACCUAUUGACUGGAGAAACCAGAAUCUUGCGAGCAGAUAUUAUUUAUGACUGCGGACAGAGCAUGAAUCCAGCUGUGGAUUUGGGACAGAUUGAGGGGGCUUUUGUACAGGGACUUGGAUUUUUUAUGCUUGAAGAAUACCUUACAAACUCAGAUGGAUUAGUGACUGGGAAUGGAACAUGGACAUACAAGAUUCCGACACUUGAUACCAUACCCAAAGAGUUCAAUGUUGAGGUACUUAACAGUGGACAUCAUCAAAAACGUAUUCUCUCCUCUAAAGCUUCUGGUGAGCCACCAUUACUUCUGGCAGUUUCAGUUUACUGUGCCACAAGAGCAGCCAUUGAAGAAGCCAGAAAACAACUUUUUUGUUGGAAUGGAUUAGAUGGGUCUUAUUCCAGAUUCCAGCUAGAGGUCCCUGCCAUCAUGCCCACUGUGAAGGAACAAUGUGGGCUGAACAAUGUGGAGAGGUACCUCCAAAGCUUGCUCUCCCGUUGA